GUCAGAUAUCACGGUGGCCGUGCACAAACGCUCGUUCUGCAUAAAACGAUAGAAAUGCACACCGGUGGUGAGCCGUUGCGGAUUAUCAUCUCUGGCUACCCCCAAAGUGGGGACACGAUAUUGGCAAAGCGCUCGUAUGUACGCGACAACUUGGCCCUUCGAAAAGCUCUCAUGCUUGAACCAAGGGGCCACUUUGACAUGUACGGAGCCCUCCUUGUGAAACCGGACCACCCCAAGGGAUUUGCCACUUUAUUCUUGCACAAUGAAGGCUACAGUACAAUGUGUGGUCAUGCGACCAUUGCGAUGGCCAGAUAUGCAGUGGAUUUUGGACUCGUUCAGCCGGUUUCGCCAGAGAAAGUUAAUCUUCAAUGUCCGUGCGGAUUGGUCAGAAGUUUUGUAGAAUAUGACGACAAAACAAAGUUUUCAGGAAGAACGAGAUUUCUGAGUGCUCCUGCCUUUUGUUUUUAGGACAGGUUGACCGUGCAGGUACCAAGUUUCGGUGAAGUAACGCUCGACAUCAGCUAUGGCGGGGCCUUCUAUGCAUUGGUCUCUGCUGAUCAGCUUGGGCUAGAGCUCGGUAAAUCCUCGGUACGGAGCAUCCAGGAGGCUGCAACGGCCGUUUCCAAGGCAACCAGAGAAGCGGUGGUCCUCGAGCAUCCGGACAGUCCAGAUCUUGCCUUCCUCUAUGGGACUAUCGUUACAGAUGGGGCAGAUGGAUGGAGCGAGGAGCCCACGACCAACGUCUGUGUCUUUGCAGAUGCUCAGAUUGACAGAAGCCCCACCGGGUCAGGGGUCACUGCCCGCAUCGCUCUUCAAGUUCACAAAGGACUGAUAGACUUGAACCAGACUAGAACCUUCAGGGCUGGGGUCACGGGGUCAAAGUUCACAGGGAAAGCAGCGGAAAGGACCAAGGUUGGUGACUUUGAGGCUGUUGUGGUCGAGGUGUCUGGGAAGGGCCACUUCCUAGGACAGAGUACUUUCAUUUGUGAAGACGAUGACCUGUUGGGAAAGGGAUUUCUGGUACACUGAGGGGUCAUAGGUCAAAGUUCACUGAGUGCAAAGAACCAUUUUCAUGCUCCUUCGUUUAGUAUUAAUUUGUU